UUGCAUAAAAGUCGAAGCUCGAAAUUUUAGGAAUUGACUCCAGCUUUAAACUGCAUGAAGCAGGGUUGAGCAGUUCACACAGAAAAUAAAUCGCUCGAUGUGAAGCUAAAUAAAGAGGUUGGACGGUCACCAAAGUCACAAGCCACUAGGAUCAGUAAAUCAAUCUCCAAUCAAAGUGAUAAAAAUCCUGUUGAAAGAAGGAUCCUUGAUGUUUACGCUCUCUUUUUAUGGAUAGUCAUUUCAAGGAUGGUAUUAUUUGAAGCAAACUAGGCAGGUUGAUUGACAGCAUACUGAAGUUAAAAUGGCAGUCGGAUGGGCGUUGUUUUACAACCUUGUGCUAUAUAACUUGUGCCAUUUGUUAACAGCAACUCCGUUAGUAGAUCAACCCAUACCUUCGUUGAUGAUUUCUGCAGAUACUUCGAUAGGCGAGAAAUUAUGCUCUCUGUCCAAUGAGUUCACGUGUGCCAGCUCAUUCUGGAACAAAAUUGGAGACAACCAUGAUUUUGUUACAUUUUGGCGAAUGCUGCGAGGAAGACAGCGGUUUCAAUUUGCAAGACUUUUCACUUUCUCCAAAAACUGUAAUGGAGUUGUUAAAGGUAGAAUAGCUUCCUCUUUGAAAGAGAUCGGCUUAGGAAACCAUAAAAAUGAAUCUCGUGAUGUUCUUCUAGAUAUCAGAAAUCUAAAAAAGCUUCUACAGUGUGGAAAUGGAAUUCCCAGGUAUACACAGGUGAGAGUCAAGCGAAAUACGGCACUAGAUUCGAAUGUUACUGCAACAGCUAGCACCUUCUGUUGGCCAUUUUGGCGCGGAGAUGGCUACUGCGACCUUGGCUGCAAUACGGAGGAGUAUAACUAUGAUGAUGGCGAUUGUUGCUAUGAAACAUGCACCAAAAAAAUCCGAAGGUAUCCCUGUGGUUUUACUGGGUUUCAAUGUAAGCAAAAUACAAACAAUGCACCUAGCUGGGUCAACGAUAUAAAAUUUUGCUUUAGAUGGAGGGCAAAUGGAGAUGGUUCACAGUGUGAUACCGCUGGCAAAGGUAAAAUCUGUGCGCCACUUGGUAGUAUGACAAAGUUUUACUACGAUGAUACAGACGAACGGAACGGAGGCUGUGUACUGUCUUGGAAAAUCGAGGCUAUGUCUGCCCCUGAAUGGUUUUGGACGAGGUUGCAGCUCUGCUUGUAUUCAUAUUCAGACGGUGAUAUGUUCCAGUGCAAUUACGGAUCAACGAACAACAUCCGAUGCCGAAGAGCGAACGACUGGGUUCAUUAUGUAGAUGACACUGAUAAUCGUCAAGGUGGCUGCAUUUUAAGGUGGAAGGUGCUUUAUUUAGGCAAAUUACCAACGUGGAUGGAAAAUGCAAGAUUUUGUUUCUACUGGAGGUCAAGUGGUGGCCAGUGUGGGAUGCCGGGCCAGGCACGUCAGAAUGACCAUCAUUGUGUACCAGUUAAUAGCUGGACUGACCAAUACAGGGAUGAUACCGAUGCAAGAAAUUACGGUUGUGAAAUGGCAUGGGGUUUGCUCUUGUAAGGUUCUUAUCGCAAACAGCACCUUUCUCGUGUGGAACCGAGAAAUUGUAGAUUUGUUCUGAUAAAGAUUUGGCUUCACGUAGAAGCAAUUUGAAGCAUUUAUCACCUAGGCCUCACUGCCAAGUUUUAGAAUUAUGUAGAUAUGUAAAGCGCUCUUUGAGUUUUUUGCUAAGAACAAUAAGCAUAAAUUAACAUAUUCUAUAAUUAGACAGUCGCUAACGUCUGCUUCUCGAAAUAUUUUUGCAUUACCGAUAGCAUGUAACUUUAUUCUUCUAAGCAAAGCAGAAACAAGUUUUCUUAUUUAUAUGAAACUUAUUUGUUGUAGAAUGUUUUUUUCAAAAUUGACGAUGUAGAUUUU